AUGGACGUGACACCGGAGCAGGUGCGCCGCAUGGAAGAGGCUCGCCUGAGAGCAAAGGCACUGCAAACACAACGGGAUGUAGUACCGCCUGUUACCGCCAGCCGCAAAACAAGCUAUCCUGUCUCUACAACCGGCUUAAAGCGACCACAUUCCGCCAUCUCCUCCAACAUAGAUUCCGUCCGCGACGCGCGCGGUAAACCGAGCAGUAACAAUGGCUUGGCCGCUGCUCCGGACACGGGGAUUCGUGCGGCGAGGAACUUCCAGAAGUUCGUGGAGUAUGACUUCAGUAAGAUGACAGACACGAAAGGUGGCUUCAUGACGGCGGAAGAUGAUCCCUACAACAAGGCGCUACAUGCGCCCGAGGCGGAUGGUAAGCCAGCGAACAUGAGUUUGAAGGAAUGGGAGAGGCAGCAACUACAGCGACGUCUGCGAGAGCAGCGAGUGGGCCCAUACGAGCCUGGACUGUCUGUUCUGGAUAAGCGAGAGAUUACAAAGAAGUGCCGGGAAUGCGGCAGUCUGGAGAUAGACUGGCAGUGGGACGAAGCCUUACGUUGCCAGAUAUGCCAUACCUGCAAAGAGAAGUAUCCAGAGAAGUACAGCCUUCUGACCAAAAGCGAAGCCAGAGAGGACUAUCUCCUUACCGAUCCCGAACUCCGAGACGAAACGCUUCUGCCGCAUCUGGAGAAGCCGAACCCGCACAAGAGUACUUGGCACAAUAUGAUGCUGUACGUGCGGUAUCAGGUUGAACAGUAUGCGUUUAGUGACAAGAAGUGGGGUUCUGCCGAAGCGCUUGAUGAGGAGUUCGACAAGCGGCAACGAGAGACGAAAGAACGCAAAGAAAAGAAGUUUCGGAACAAGCUGAAUGAAUUGAAGAAGCGGACGAGGGUCGACGCCUACAAGCGCGCAAGAGGUGGCGGAGGUGGCGAGUUCGGCGACACGAUAGGUAAUGGGAAGCAUGAGCAUGAAUGGGGCCGCCCUGUCGACGAUCCAGGAACUGGUAUGACGAAGAAGCGGUGUAUUGAAUGUGGCAUGGAGGUUGAGGAGCUGGAGUUCUGA